UUUCACUAACAAAUCGUAGAUCGUAAACGUACGACUACGUUUACGAUUGCCAGACGUGCACGUAAACGAGCGUUUCACUAAACCUAUCGUAAACGCAGCACUUACGACCGACGAGUUACGAUCAACUUAUUGGAACUCUUCUGACUAAGGAGGUAACUGUGGUUACAGCAGACGAUCGUAAACAUGGAAGAGAGUAGAAAGGCAAACUGGAAUGAAGCGGCGAUAGAAAACUUGGUGGAUCUCGUUACAGAUUGUGAGCGAUGGGCUAUUAUUAGAGGGAAGUUUAGCCCAUCGCUUACUAUCCAGACUAAACAACGCGUCUGGCGUGACAUCACAGAAAGGGUAAAUGCAAGCUCCACCUGUGUAAGAGCAGUUAAAGAUGUCAAAAAAAAAUGGCAGGACAUCCAAAGCCACACCAAGAAAAAGGAGGCCAACAGGAAAGCCGAGCUCAGGAAGACGGGUGGAGGACCACCUCCUCCAGAACUGAAGGGUUGGGAGAAGAAGAUUGUGUCUAUCCUCUCAGAAGAUGUCAUUUCUGGUGUGGAGGGGGGUUUUGACUCUUUGUGUACAGCAAGUUUGCCAACAGAUAAAACAUGCAAGUAUAAAUAUAAUACUCAAUCCGGACAAGAUAUACCAGUGACAAAGAGAAGAUAUGAGGAAGCAGAUCUUGAACCAGAAAUGGGGAUGGAGGCACCACCAUCAUCUGGUUUCUACCAACCAGAAAAGGCUUUAAAGACUAUUUCAGCUAACAGUCAUUCUGUCAACAGCAGAAUCUCUAAUGACAGAACUGCCAAAAGAAAGGACUCCACAGUGAAUGAUCCAGUGAAAGACAGACUUGUGGAAAUUGAGGAGGAAAAAUUGAUUUUAAUGAAAGAACACCUUGCAAUUGAGAAAAGGAAAUUGGACAUUAUAGAAGAUUAUGUGAACUGGAGGAAGAAGAUCUACACAGAAGGCAUAGAAAGAUCACCAACAGUAUCUCCAGUAAUCAGAGGGCUUUUUACUUCGUGAUUGUUAGGUUAUCUGAACCAUAGGCUCAAGUGAGCUUUUCUGAUCACAUGUUCUCUGUCCGUCUGUUAAUUUAUUUAAGAAAUAAACAACAAUGUUAAAAA